UUUUCAAAAAGGUGUCCAAGACAUAGACCUGGAAAUCUAACAAGUGCCUCAGAAUUCUUGCUCCUGGGCUUCUCAGAGGAUCCAGACCUGCAUCCCUUCCUCUUUGUCCUGUUCCUGUCCAUGUACCUGGUCACCAUGUUGGGGAACCUGCUCAUCAUCCUGGCUGUUGUCUCUGACCCCCACCUUCACACCCCCAUGUACUUCUUCCUCUCCAACCUGUCCUUGGCUGACAUGGGUUUCAUCUCCACCACUGUCCCCAAAAUGAUUUUGGACAUCCCAACUCACAGCAGAGUCAUCUCCUAUGCAGGAUGCCUGACACAGAUGUCUAUUUUCAUCCUUUUUGGAAGUAUGGAUGAUAUGCUUCUGUCUCUGAUGGCCUAUGACAGGUUUGUGGCCAUCUGUCACCCACUGCACUACCUGGUCAUCAUGAACCCAUGCUUCUGUUGCUUCUUAGUUUUAGUGUCUUUUUUCAUCAGCCUUUUGGACUCCCAGGUGCACAAUUGGAUUGUGUUACGACUUACCUGCUUCAAGGAUGUGGAAAUUUCCAAUUUCUUCUGUGAUCCUUCUCUACUCCUCAAGCUAGCCUGUUCUGAUACCCUCAUCAAUACCAUUAUCGCAUAUUUUGUUGGUGCCAUUUUUGCUGCUAUUCCUUUUUCAGCAAUCUUUUUCUCUUACUAUAAAAUUCUUUCCUCCAUUCUGAGAGUCCCCUCAUCAGGUGGGAGGUACAAAACCUUCUCCACCUGUGGGUCUCACCUGGCAGGUGUUUGCUUAUUUUAUGGAACAGGCCUUGGGGUGUACCUCAGUUCAGCCAUCUCACAUUCUCCCAGGAAGGAUGCAGUGGCCUCAGUGUUAUACACUGUGGUCACCCCCAUGCUGAACCCUUUCAUCUACAGUCUGCAGAACAGAGAUAUCAAAAGGGCCGUGAGGAGGUUCCUUGGCCAAACAAUCUAA